AUGGCAUCGCUGCACCCGUUUAUGAUUCGCAUGAAUUAUGUGGAUCGAUCAACACCUUUCAGUAGCCGGAUGCGCAGAAGACGCUACUCGUCCACUCUCUCCAGCAACUCGAACCAGUUUGCAGAUCAGAACAACAAUGAGCUGCUGCUACCGAUCGUCAACCCAUCGGGCAAGCGUCGUAAGCUUUCGGCCUGCAUUUACAAGCCAAUCCCGAUACCGGACGAAGGUUCGAAGGACGCUGUCGAACGAUCCCCACUGCUGGCUUUACAUCUGUUCGAAGGAUGCUCCGUUACACUCAGGAAUGAGCAAACUGUAUCGGUGUCGACCGAAAGAUUUCUAGCAAUCGGACGGCUGUACUGUCAGGAUAAUGCCGUUACAUCGAUGGCGUAUUACGUGCCCCGCAUGGUUCCCGUCUCUAUGGUUUCAAGCUCAUACGCUUGCCUCGACCCUGAGCUGAAAACGGAAACGAUCAUCCACUGUACGAAGAUCGAGUUCCGCCGCAGAUAUUUACCGGUAGCAACGCAAACAGUCGAAAACGAUCAACGCCGGGAGGAUCAUGAACAGCAGCCAUGUUUUACGUCAUACGCUUGCUGGAACGUUUCGGAAUAUUAG